AUGUUGGCAAAUUUUUCCCAAGUGCCUUCCAACCUUUUCCCUCCACGACAUAUAUUUUACCCACCGUCAAAUACGCACCAGAAUACUAUCAUCUUUAUUCACGAACGUGGCAGCACUGGCGAGCAGCUUUCUAGUCAUCUCAAUCUAGCAGUAUUGCCUUCUGACAAGGCCAUCUAUGACUAUUUCCCUGCUACGAGAUGGGUAUUUCCAACCGCUAAAAAGAAGUAUCUGUAUUCGCCGCAUACUCGGUCUCGUUCUCGGAAUUCCAACAGACCUUCCAUCAGCGAAUGGUUUAAUAUGGAAUCUAUUGCGGAAUCGGAGCUAGGUUCGGACAAACAGGUUGACCAUCUGCGGGAGAGCGCCUCUUAUAUUAUGCGAGUCAUCGAAGAUGAACUUAAACGCGUGAAUGGAGACCCAAAAAGAAUUUUCCUGGGCGGUAUCGGGCAGGGUAUGGCUCUAGCCCUCGUUGUCUUGUUAUGCACACCCCAUAGAUUCGGUGGCUUUGUAGGUGUGAAUGGCUGGAUCCCCUUUGCGGAAAUCUUGAAAAGGUGCAUCGAACGCGGCAAUAUCGACGAAGCAAAGCGGUUUUUCAAAUGGAACGUGAUGAUUCCGAUACAUCAGCAUGCCCAGAAUUUUGCUCAAUCAUCUAGAUCCGCAGUUUCGAAUGAGAGAGGCAGAUCGCAAUUUGACCCGCAAUCUGCCAUGCUUGGAUUGGCCAUGCCAGAAGAGGUAAAGCAGGUUCCAAUUCUGGUGAGCCAUGUGAGCGCGAAAUGGCUUGUUGUCAAGACCGAAUCUACCCAUGCGGUAUACUCUCUUCUCCAGAACAUGGGCUUUGAGCAAUUGACGUGGGACUCGUCCUCAUGCGAGCAGCACGAAGAUGACACGCCAGGGUAUGAUAGCGGGGGCGUGGCUUUCUCCUUGGUAGUUCCAGAGCAGCUAGAGUGUAUGAUCAAAUACCUCAAAGAAAUCGGUAUGGGAUAG